CAACCCCGCCCGCUCCGGUGCCUCGGGCGGAGAGGCUGCGAGCCCUCCUCGGGGAGCGGAGCGGCGGCGGCGGCGCUGCCGGGCGGAGGCAGCGGAGGGAUAUAAGUUCGGCGGUGGUGCGGCCGCGCCUCUUCCGGUUCUCCCUCAGAGCCGCCAUGACCAAGAAGAGGAGGAACAACGGGCGUGCCAAGAAGGGCCGCGGGCACGUGCAGCCCAUCCGCUGCACCAACUGCGCCCGCUGCGUGCCCAAGGACAAGGCCAUCAAGAAAUUCGUCAUCAGGAACAUCGUGGAGGCCGCUGCCGUCAGGGACAUCUCCGAGGCCAGCGUCUUCGACUCCUACGUGCUGCCCAAGCUGUACGUGAAGCUGCAUUACUGCGUCAGCUGCGCCAUCCACAGCAAGGUGGUUCGGAACCGCUCGCGCGAGGCCCGCAAGGACCGCACGCCCCCGCCCCGCUUCCGCCGUUUUUGGGGUCCCUGGGUGUGUUUUUGGGGUCCCUGACCCGCGUUUCCCCCUCCCCAGCCUACGUGCUGCCCAAGCUCUACGUGAAGCUGCAGUACUGCCCUGGGUGUAGUUUUGGAGCUGUUUUUGGGGUCCCUGGGUGUGUUUUUGGGGUCCCUGGGUGUAUUUUUGGGGUCCCUGACCCCCGUUUCCCCCUCCCCAGCCUACGUGCUGCCCAAGCUGUACGUGAAGCUGCAUUACUGCGUCAGCUGCGCCAUCCACAGCAAGGUGGUUCGGAACCGCUCGCGCGAGGCCCGCAAGGACCGCACGCCCCCGCCCCGCUUCCGCCCCGCCGGAGCAGCCCCCCGACCCCCCCCCAAGCCCAUGUGAGGAGACCCCGGCCCCGCGCGGGACCCCCAGAGCAGAGACCCCCAGAAUCAAUAAAGGAUCUGCCCUGA